AUGAAUGUCUCUGUAGAACUUCAUGGUAUAUUCGAUCUAUUCGCAUUGACAUUUCAUGUAUUCGAUUUAUGGUGUGCCAGUAAUGAUGAUGAUGAUGAUGAUGAUGAUCGUGGACGUUCAUGUAGAGAAUUGGAAAAUAUGGAUGAAGAAGACGCAGAAUCUGAUAAAGAAAAUAAAAACAGUGGUGACAAAGAAUUGCACAGUAAUAAUAAAUAUGUGCAAUUCCGUCUGAAUGAUCAAGUGAUAAGCGUUCCAAAGUGUGGCAUCACCGCAUACAUCAUAGACUUUACUAUGUCUCGUUUAGAACAAGAUGAUCGUUUAGUCUAUGUUGACUUAAGUGGUGACCCUACUUUAUUUCAAUCACAGGGAGAUUAUCAGUUUGAUAUAUAUCGUCGUAUGAAAUCACAUAAUCAAAUCAUAGCGACAACGGGACAGAUAAGAUGCUGGCGGCGUUUAUACUUCUUACUUGGCCGAUUGUUUAAGGCUGGUGUAAUAAGUUAUCCCAUACCAACAUUUUCAAUUGAUCAUGAAAACGGAAGGGCUAAUACUCUGUCAAGAUAUUUCUACUUAUUAGAUUGGAGUAAACUUCAUGGUACAUUCGAUCUAUUCGCAUUGACAUUUCAUGUAUUCGAUUUAUGGUGUGCCAGUAAUGAUGAUGAUGAUGAUGAUGAUCGUGGACGUUCAUGUAGAGAAUUGUGCAUUCUACUGCAUUCAUUAAAUGAUUUAGUUUCUAAUUUUACAUCAGUUAUUCCAAAAGUGCCACCUUCAAAGACGGGAACGUUGAAGAUACAGAAUGAAACAACUGUGAAUGGAAAUAAUAAUAAAAAUAAUAAUGACGACGUCAACGAAGAUAACAAGACGACUGAGCCCUCAUUAAAACUGAAUCAAUCCACUUUGACACCUUCAGGAGCGACGAUGAAUCAAUCGAAACGAAGAUUAGAAGCAGUAGAGGAGUCGAUUGCGGAAGACAAUAAUAAUAAUAAGACAAGGUAUUUGCAGAUGAAUGACGACAAUAAUAAUGAUGACAACAAGAACAAAGUGAAAACUACUGAGUCCUUACUAACAACACAUCGAUCUACCCUACCCCCUUCAAAGAGGAAGUCGUAG